AUGGAGGAAGAUGGUACCGAGUCUCUCACAACGGGUGCUAGAAGCAGCUACGACAAGUCCACAGGGAACACUCCUGGAAGCCAAUCGGAGAAUCCUAGGCGUAGGCGCGGUCGUGGCAUCGUGACACCCAACGCUUGUACAGAAUGCCGAUUGAAGCGGGCAAAGUGUGAUGGGCAGAACCCAUGCAGUCGCUGCAAGUCUUCUGCCGUUGAGUGUAUAUACGAGGCUCCAUUGCGGCAGUCAAAAGAUGAACUUCGAACGGAAAUUGAGCAGUUGCGCCAACGUCUGGAUACAAGUAGUCGUGUAAUCUCAGCGUUGGCCCAUCCGGAACUCUCCAACAAUAUUUUGACGCGUCUAUGGGCGGGAGAUUCAGUCCAAACCAUAUACGAGGUAAUAAACAACAGCAACGUGGACAACCAGCUGAGCGGCCUCGGGCUCCAAGAGCGCCAGUCUUUUGACUUGCAGAAUGAAACACAUGAUUAUAAUGCGAGGAAUGUUCAAGCACGCAAUUGGGAGAGACAUGCUGCAGCGAUGUCAAGCCCUGCAGGCGUAAUUUCAGUGCCGAAUGUGAUGCGUCAGACUACCGCUCAAGGCGUGCAUUCGUCCCGUGAACGCAAUUCUGUUUUGUGGCCGUUGGGAGAACCAACGACGGAACUUACUGCGUCAUGGAUGACGGUUACCAGCGAUACAGAUCUAAUACAGCAUUUGCUGGCAUUGUACUUUUGUUGGGAAUAUCCCACAUUUGCAUCACUGAGCAAGGAGCACUAUCUCAGAGAUUUCCAUGACGGGCGAAAAAGAGAGUGUCAAAGACUGUACCUUGGCGAGGCAGAUCAUCAUUCAAUAACCACGGUCCAGGCAUUGGGAAUAAUGUCCAUUCGAGAAGCGAGCUGCGGUCGAAUCUCCAUGAGCGAGUAUUAUUCCGGCCAAUGUAUGCGGUUGGCUAUUGAGAUGGGCCUUCAUCGGGACCAUGAUCCCGACUCACAGGAGGACGAGGACCAAGAGCAUCGUACUGUUAGAUUGGCCACUCUUUGGGGUGCUUUCACACUAGAUAAUGCUCUGUCCUUUGCUGGCUCGUUGCCAAUGACGUCGUAUAUGCCAUCGCUGCCGCCUAAGCCUCCCAUCGUAGAAAUAAUAGAGCAGCACCCUUGGAUUCCUUAUACAGAUAAUGGGGUACCCUUGACUCUGCCGUGCCAGCAGGCAUCGAAUGAGCGAUCAGUCUUCAUGUUAUUCUGUCAGCUAAGCGAACUCGCUCACGAAUGCCUGUAUCUUGUACACAGCCCUGCGGGAUCUUUAACCGCGGAGAAUAUGCUACGGCUGUACACAAAAUAUUUGGUCUGGUACGACAAACUACCAGAGACUUUGCGGCUCGGCCGGAAUUACACUCCAUACGUGCUCUUUGUUCACAUGUACUAUCAUUUCACUAUCAUAUUACUAUUUUGGCCUUUCAAGGGACUAGAAAUUCUCGGAACCGCGUUGUUACCGCGAAAUAUUUGUGCCGAGGCCGCAGACGCAAUUGGCUCUCUGGUCAAGUCGUAUGCCAGACUAUACACACUACAAAGGACGCCCUCUUUUGUGCCAUAUUUUGUGCUAACGGCCGCUAUUGUGCACCUCGCCAGCAAUAUCAGUAUCACCUACGCUAGUCCUAUUACUGCCGAGCGGGAGGGCCCCGAGUCUGCAAAACGAACGGGCUUCUCGGCUUUGGGAGAUCUGAAAGAAGAUGUCACGGCCCUCGAAGAAAUGGCACAAUGUCACCCUUUUGCCAGGAAAGCCUUGAGCAUACUGUCCUACCUUACUCAAGCGUGGAAAGUCGAUAUAGAAGUCGAGGUGGGAGACAUUUCCCUCCAAGAAUGCAUUGAAAUCUGCCGACCUCAAACCUCGUUGAUGUCAAUGUUGCAACUACUUCAUUUCUUCAUGUCACUGGGGAGUAUCCAACGGAGCCUGAUGAACGGCAAUCGCAAUCACAAUCGCAAGGAGAUUGUUGGACGUAUAUGA